UCGCAGCAUUCCCUCCUUUCAAAUUGACAAAUUUUAGCAGUCUUGUUGAGGUUUGCGAUCUGGUUUUUUGGAGAUUAGCAUCAGCCAGAUCGGUAUUCCAGUCUGGCAUUUGAAUUUUAACAUUUCCCUCGCAUGCGUGCUGCAGUGUAGUUCUAUUAAAAUCGGGCUUGUGCUAGCUUCUGCUGCUGCUUGUGCACUGUUGCAUGUUGUGAAAACCUUGUUUUUCUUUCUUCCACUGACGGACGAUCUUAAGAAAUGUCGUCGGGCGACGAUCGACAUUUUCCCAAUGGCUGUGAUGAUUAUUCGUCUACCGCUGCAGCCAAAUUCCUCAAUGAACACGGAGAGCUUACAUCGGAUUUUCGGAAGGAUCUGGAAACGGAAAUUUCUCGUCUGUGUAUAAAGCUUGAAAAAAGGAGCGAAGACAUUGGCGAACACGAUCAUAGCGUGUAUACAGGACAUGCAGGCAUUGCGCUACUGUACAUGCACCUGUACAAGAAUUUUCCUCCCUUCCAAAAGUACAAAUAUCUAAAAAUUGCCCUGUCCCAUGUGGAGCCGUAUCUGUCCAAGUUGAAGCUGAAGCGGCCGUCGUUCAUCUGCGGUGAAGCGGGAAUUCUGGCGGUCGGCGCGGUGUUGUUGAAUCAGCUGAAUAUGAAGGAGAAAGCGGAGGACUGUGUCAAGAAUUUGUUGAAAUUCGGCCGAGAAGUGUCGGAUGUGGAUGACAAGAUGCCCGAUGAAGUUCUGUAUGGACGCGCGGGAUACUUGUUCUCGCUGCUCUAUGUCAAAACACUCUAUGACUCCGACGCGGUCUCCAGCGCGGCCAUUGAAAGUGUUGUGGAAGCCUUGAUUCAUUCCGGUAAAGCACUCGCACUAGAGGAGAAGAGCAAAUUUCCGUUAAUGUACAAGUGGCAUGAUAAGCAUUACCUCGGAGCGGCGCACGGAAUCGUGGGAAUUCUGUAUAUGCUUUUACAGGCAGGAAAAGAUUUGAUUGAGGAGUACGUCGAGAAUCUGAUUAAGCCGACUCUGGAUCAACUCCUACUUCUUCGGUUUCCCUCGGGAAAUUAUCCGUCGUCAGUAUCAAACACCUCCGAUAAGCUCGUACAGUGGUGCCACGGAGCUCCUGGUUUUGUUCUACUGUUUUGCAGGGCAUCAGAGGUUUUUGAUGAUCAAAAGUAUUUGGAUGCUGCCCAGGAUGCGGCAGAGUGCGUAUGGGAACGCGGUUUACUGCAGAAAGGCUAUGGACUUUGCCAUGGCGCUGCCGGCAACGGGUAUGCCUUUCUGGAAUUGUACAAACUUACCAAAGACGUGAAGCAUCUGUAUCGGGCUAUCCAGUUCGCCCGGUUCUGCAUGGAUUACGGUGAUCACGGAUGUAGAACGCCCGAUCGCCCGUUAUCUCUUUUUGAAGGUCUGGCCGGUACCAUUUAUUUUCUCGCCGAUCUCUUGAAUCCCAAACGUGCUGCAUUCCCAGGAUUUGGAUUGGAUUAAUUACUAAUUGUUUUCCGUGAAAGAUAUUUCUCUCCAGUAAUUUUGUUGUUUUUUUUGUUUCCAUGAAUAUGCAUUGUUUUAGCCUGUGGCUUCAGCUCUACCCUGCAUGUUUGUACCGUACUGGAAUGGCUUUAUUCUUUACCGCCUUCCAGUUCAAAACGUUUCUGGUGCACCUUUUUGCGUGCCGGGUAUCGUGCUAGUAUUAAAGACCUUUGGUGAUGUA